CUGCAGACUGCCAUCAUGGUCCGCCUGGCACUGAUCCUUGCUGUGGCUAUCCUCGAAUACGUUAAUGGAAAAAUCCCUAGACUACCUCCUCUUCCCUUCGUAGACGGCUGCUUCUAUACAUCUGAAGAGGUGGGUACGUACAGAGUGGAGGGUGAGCCCACAAUACUCUCCUUCCCAAUGUUCAUGAGAGUGCUGAAGGUACGCAAGAUAGCCCCUACAAUGGCUAAGUACUUAAUCACAAAGAAAAACGUGACGGAAGGUGCGCCCCAUGAUGGUGAGGGGCGAGUCCAGCAGCAUGACAAACAGCUAUGGUUCCUCCCAGCUCAGGCUUCAGACUCUGGGGAGUAUACCUGCACUUACAGGAAUGAAACCUACUGUGUUCAGGGGAAUAUCACUCUACAAGUAUACAAGUCAAGUUCUGUGGAUGCAAAGAAUCUGUCCCAUCGAGUAUCAGUCCAGGUGGGAGAGAGUCUGACAUUCAGCUGUCCCAAUCUCCCUGACUUUAACCGGACAGGCGGACUGAUCGAGUGGUACAAGAACUCCAGCUCAACUUCAGUUCAGGCAGACAGAGCCAGCUCCUCACCGUGGGACACAGGAAACCUAAUGAUACCAGCUGUGAAGCGACACCAUGAGGGUCUGUACACCUGCCAGCUCAGAGUGCUCGUCAAUAAUCAGCAGUACAAAGUCAGCAGAGUCGUGCUGCUCUGCCUGCAAGGUACGACCACUCUGCCCAUCUGCAUGACCUCUGACCCUGAGUCAACGAUCAUCAGCAGCAGCACCACACCUCAGCCUCAUGUAAUACGACCACCUGUGAUUGUGUCACCACUGAAUGGCACCGUUUUUGGAAGUCUGCACGGUGCAGGACUGGAGCUGUCUUGUAAAGUACUCACUGACUGCGACAUGUCUGAGUCCACUCUGGUCACAUGGCGGGUCAACGGCCAAUCAGUGGAGUCGUCGUACCUUGAUGGACGGGCUCUGCAAGGGUGGAAGAGGGUAACCAGGGUGUCUGAAGGCUGCCAGACUGAGAUGAGGCUAGCUGUUGUAGCGGUGACAGAAGAGGACGUAAAGACAGAGCUGAAGUGCAUCACUGAGAACCCAGGAGGGAAACAGGAAGUGUUUGUACAGCUCCAACUAGAGGACUCCACAUUGACAUGGCUGGUGUUUGGUGUCGUGGCCGCCUUCUGCUUCCUGACUGUGGUUUUGAUCUUUCUCUACGUUCUCUUCAAACCUAAGAGGAAAAACAAAAUGGAUUACUUCCUGGCUCGGCAGAACAGCACCUUCUAACUCUGCUGGUGUACACACUCCCUCUCCAAAGACUUCAACUCUUCUUUCAAACACUCCUUUUAGGAUGUUUACCUGAUGUUCAUUUUCUUGCCCUGGACUGGGUUUUUGUACGUUUUAAAAUCUGAUGCAUGUGCUGAUAUAGAAGUUGCAAUCAUGUAGUUUUAUAUUGAAGUUGCAGCUGUGGAAGAAGUUUUCCUCUGAAGCAUCCGUCCAUAUUGAUGAACUGAAAAUGUCAUGAAGGCAACAUGCAGUUCAGAUUGAAGUUAUUUCAUGGGUUACUUUGAUCAUUCGAGAAUACAAAAUGCACAUUUGCACCAUGCAUCCAAUGCAACAGUAAGAAAUACAGAUAUUAAUAAAAGUAUUGUACUGUACAUGGUUUUCAUUGUGGUUGUAGUUUUCAUUGAGUCCAACUGGUUUACAAAACAUUUGGAGUGUUUUGAAAUGUUUAUCAUGGAGAAUAGAUGCCUCACUGAGACUGUUGAUUAAGACUUUUUAACAUUUUUAUGACUAAGUUGGGUUUUAUCCCUGACCUGUUGUAUUUAACUGCAUUAAAUCUAAUAGGUGUAAACAAUAAAACAGCUGCUUGGUGUA